AUGCGGGAUGCUGUAGCGCAACCAGAGCCGGAACCGGAACCCAGCAGCAGUGAAGCAAAUGGCAGUUGCCAUGGCCAGGAGGAGCAGCGACCGACGGGUUCCGCAGGUUCCGAGCGGGAGGCAGAGGCCAACGAAUCUCAGUGCACUAUUUGUGGGGUGGUCCAAACUGCGGCUCUCUUGGAUCUCCGCUCAAACCAUGAGAUGCACCGGCGCCUGAGUCGCGACUGGAAGAUUCAUGCCGACGUAAUACGUUCCACAUUGCGGGCAAUUUGCGUGGACUGCGUCUGCAAGCUGAACAUGCACUCGGAGGUGACGCGCUCGCUUAUGCAGCGAAUGCAGCGGCUGCAGCGCUCUGGCGGUGGAACAGCCACCGUGACGACCACCACACAGCUGCUCAGUCCACCCAUUGCCGAUGCCGAGGUGUCCACCACUCAGGAGAAUACUGCCGCUGUGCCAAGUGCGCGCAGCUCACGCUCCUCCUGCUCCGUGCUGGAAGUCUACCUCGCUCAGCCCACCGAAACUGUAGGAGAAUCCGGAGGAGAGAAACAUAGUGCCGCCGCCGAAGGCUGGAAAUGGCGUACGCGGCUGGAGUGUCCGGAAUGCGGACGCACAUACUUUCGGCGAGAUUUCUAUGCCCAACAUAUGCGACGUUGCUGCAAGCGAAGGACACAGCCUCGGCCACCGCGCGCCAAGUGCCGGGUGCGAAAUGAGGCAGGCAUCGACGACGAUGAGGAUGAUAAUACUCCGCCCAGGGCGAGGCGUUCGCUGCGCACCUUCCUCUGUCGCCACUGCGAUGCGGAGUUCGAGUCACUGACUAGUCAACGGCAGCAUGAGCGAGCCAAGCAUCUGCAGCGCUUUCCCUGUGAUCUGUGCGAGGCGCAGUUCGACACCAAGUACGAGUGGGAGUUGCAUCACACCAUCUGCCAGGCCAAGAGGGAGGCUCUGGGGCUCCUGCAGCAGGACGAGGAGAGCGGUCCAGCUGCCCUGCCAUCCAGGACACGCUCUCAGUCUCGCGGCUGCUCUGUAUUCUGGGACAAGUACAAUAAGGAUGAGAACGGCGAUGAUGAAGAGGAGGAGACUGAGGAAGGAGAUGAUGACGACAUGGAGGAUGCCAUGUACACACGUCGCAUGAACUUCACCGGGGAUUGGAUUGUGAAUCACAGUCGGAGUAACAGCAACAGUGCCAUGAAUCUAUCGCUGAUGAUGUACGAUGAAUACGGAUUGGGUGAAACGCACAUGACCACUGACAAGGAGUACGAUCUUUACCUGCUUGAUUUGCUGAUUACGCAGGUGCGACUGAACGCCUUCACCUGCUUCGUGCCCGCUUGCGGCUAUCAAACAGACAGCUUGGUGACUUUGAUGAAGCAUGACUACCUCGAGCACUGGAAGAUGAGCUGGUUCUAUUGCCACAAGUGCGGGGAUGUCUUUACCAGCAAAGUCUUCUUGGACUACCACAUGCAUCGCCAGAACCGCGGCCUCUACAUCUGUCACAAGUGUCGCGAUGAGUUCGAAUACCAGCACCAACUGGACCGUCACUUUCUGCUCCACAACAAGGGCAUCAACUAUCAUUGCAAUUUCUGUCGCUUGGAGUUCCUCAGCGAGGCCAAGUUGCUGGCCCAUUGCAAGCGUUGCGGUCACAGUCCCAACGAUGAGCCCAAGAUCCGCAUUGAUAGGUCACUAACCAUCACCAAUUGUCCCGUCGAGGAGACUCCGCUAACCGAAAAGGAUCUACGCCUAGCCAGGGCCUACAAGGAGAAAGAGUUAUAUAUACCCAAGGUCGAGAUGCCGUCGUUGCGUCCGAAGCCAUUGCCGGAUCAUAAACCCUUUCGCUUUGCCAUUGGCAUUUGUGAGUUUGAUGAACGAAAUCCUCCCAACUGUGUGGGUUGUCACUGAAGAUAGGAGCUUACUAGAGAUUAGUCACUAGAUUUAGAUAGUGGGAAUUAGUAGAAACAAUGUGUAUUUUUCUAAAAUAAAUGAUGCAGGUAACAUUAUACGUCACAUUUGAUUGUA